UUUCUGGAGGCGGUGCUCCUCCUCCAGCUGGUGGUUCCUCCAUUCGCAAACUUAUCGGAUCAGGUGGAACUGCUGGUGCUGUUGUGCCUGAAAAUAUCAACAUGUAUUUAAUACACGUCUUUCAAAAUCUCAAAAGGUGGAAAAAUGUCAAGGGAAAAUGAAAAUAUAAUGGAAGAUGAGGACGAGGAUGUUGUUCUUCAGGGCAGCGAAUUACAUACAAUUUUAACGAACAUGGGAUUAAAUGAUUUUGAAAGUGUACCAAUACAGAGAACUGAACAUUUUAAUACUGAAGAGACUGCUAAUGGCCUUUUUAAUAAGGUGAACUUUUCAAUCAAUCAAAAAAUCUUCUCUUUUUGUAAUUCUGUUUUUUGUACAAGACAGUUACAGGACAAUGAAUUUUUAGAUGAACAAUUGAAAAUUAUUUUGAGGCUGGAUUGUCUUCUAGAUGAUCACACGUCCAAAAUACAAUCUUUUGUUGUUGAUAAAAAGCAAUGCGUUUUUAAGAAAGCAGUGCAUUGGUUGCCAUUAAUGAGUUCAUCGGCAAUGAUUUUACACUGGGGAUUGUUUAGAAAAUACAAAAGUGUUUUAAAUAUAAUUUUGGCUUCGUCCAUUUGCACUUUAACUUUACAUACAAAAUAUUUACGAUGGAAAGCUACUAAAAAUCUAAAGUGCCUUAUAAAUUUACAAAAUGAUUUUUAUCAUUCAUGUAAAAAUUGUCUGAGAAUAUUGAGAUAUUCGUUUAGAAUGAAAUCGGAUUCUCGAAAAACUGGUCAGAAAUUUGUAGAAUUGGAGAAAUCAAAACAUGUGUAUCUUCUGCCAUUGACGGAAAUUUUAAUUUCCUCUUUGGAAAAUGUUUUACUACUUUUUCAUCAAGCUUCGAAAUGUAUUUUUCAACUUUUGCCAAAUUCGAACAGUAAUGACGAUUUAAUUACAGUCUUCGAACAUGAUUCCUUUUUCAUGAGGGGAGAAGUUACGUAUCGAACGUUAAAGAAUCAUUAUUAUAUGUAUCUUCUCGUCCAAUCGGAAAUGUUACAACUUUUGGCAAUUGCGUAUAAUCGAGAAACGUGGCAAAAUUUCGGAGGAUGUCCAGAAAUAAAAUUAAGUCACAUUAUAAAUAAUUUACUACUGAAUUUAAAAAAAUAUAAUUCCAAACUUUUAAAAGUAUUAAAUGAAUAUUCUACCAAGAAAUUCGAACCACAACACAGAGAAUAUAGCGGUUCGAAAGUCUCAAAAUGGCAAGAUUUAUACGUUCAUUUAGAUUUAACAGCUUUCAAAUUACAAACAGCCUAUAAAGUACUACUCUCGACAUUGGAAGAAAUCGAUUCACGUUCGAAUGAAAAUUCUAGUGACGAUUUUUCUGAAAUUAUAAUGGAGAAUUUAAAUGAAGUCUACAAACAAAUUGACACUGCCAGAAGUUUCACGGAAUUCAGCAGUUUACUUGUUGCUAAAGUACAACAUGAACAAUCUAAAGGGCAAAUCGUUCUCAAAAAGGACAUUAUUUCUCAUAGUGAAAAAUUAGAAUUACCAAUUGUUUUGGACACGGAACCGGAAAUUGUCGAUGAAGUUUUUGAGGAGUACAUCAAAGAAGAAUAUUUAAAACCACUUUACGAGGAUGGCGACGAAUCCAUUAUGCAAAAUUAUAAAUUUGAUAAAUUAUUGGCAAAGAAUUUUAUGAGUGAAUUGAAAGAUGCAUUAUUGGAGAAGCAUAAAACAAUGUCUGAAAGAGAAUCAAGAGCUCUGCAGAGAAUGUAUAAGAAUGUUACUCAGGAAAUAACGUCGAAACAUGAAAAUAGUGUAAAUGAUAAUAUUCUUCCACCAACAUCACCUCCUUUACCUCCGAAAUCUUCUGAUAGGGAAGAGAAAAAGACAAUGUAUUCAUUUCCAAAUUAUGAAAAAACAGAAGAAGAAAGUAUUGAAAAUAAUUUAGUGGAGAUGAAUAAGAGGGAAAAUUUACCUGAUGAAGAAAUAUUUUCACUGAGAUUAAAAAAACAGACUUUUUACGAAGAUAAAGAGAAAGAAGAUGAUGAAAAAAUUGAUGUGGAGAGAUUUUCAAUAAUUCAAUGUAAACAGAAUUUUCCAUUUUUUCUCAAGACAGCCGAAGAAACAUUUAUUGGCAGUGGAGAAAAUUCUGAGGAGGAAUUAAUUGUGAGCGACGUAGAAUCUGACGAGAGAUGAAAUCUAUUUUAAUAAAAGAAUAAUAUUUAUUUUA